CGUGUGCGGUGAAAGUGUACGGUCUGCGCCGUUCAUUCACUCCGAGCUCAUCACAGUCCACAUAGCCACGCUGACAUCCGUCUCUCCUUCUCCAUUCCUGCUUCUCUUUCAACAGGAGGGGGACAAAUUAGCCGUUGUCCUCUUCGUUUCACCUUUCCGCGGGCAUGCAUCAACACGGAAACCGGGAGUGCAGUUGGAGACGCCCGUGUAUAAUUGUUUGCAGAUGCACUUUAUAUUUAUUUUUGGUGUUAAGCCUGGAGUGGAGCACCGUGCACUCAGCACAUACAGAUGGAACAGACAAUUUUGCAUUUUUUCAUGAGGGGGCACUGGGCUGCUUGGGGGUACGAGAUCACAUGCUCUACCUUUCCUCUUCCUGCACGGGUGUCGCACAGCUUUGGAAAUGGGUGUCUAGAGGGCGGCUCUUCAACAUUGGCUCCUCCCUCUGCCUGGGGAUCACCGUGGGCAACGUGAGCUCAUUGGGUGACAGAUCUCCACUGGGUAUGUUUCGGUGCGACUAUGAGCCUCCACGGGUCCGCUGGACCUGGAGCUGCAGCAAGUUCUUGGAGAUACUGGACACCUACUUGCCCUCUCCUAAAUUACUUCUCAACAGCGGCAACAUCUCUGCCUCCACCACCCCACCUCCAAGACCACCCCCUGAAAAGUUACUGUGGCGAGUCUAUGAUGACAAUCAGGACCUAUGUUCCAAGACGUACCGAGCAAUCUAUACCAUCCAAGGCAACUCUCAAGGCAGUCCCUGUUACUUUCCCUUCCUGUAUGAUGGCCAGUGGUUCCACAGCUGCACCAGUGUGGGCAGGGAGGAUGGCUUUCACUGGUGUGCCACUACCCACGAUUAUGGAAAGGACCAACGCUGGGGCUUCUGCCCAGUGAAAAGUUCUGACUGUGAGACGUUCUGGGACAUAAACCCAUUGAUGGAUAACUGUUACCAGUUUAACUUCCAGGCCACGCUGUCCUGGAGUGAGGCACGAACUAGUUGCCAGCAGCAGGGAGCAGACCUGCUCAGCAUCACUAAAUUAGAGGAACAAAUCUAUAUUAAUGGUUUGCUUACUGGGUACAGUUCCACCCUGUGGAUGGGUUUAAAUGAUGUAGACCUCAAUGGUGGCUGGCAGUGGGCUGACUCUGCCCCUCUCAAAUACCUAAACUGGGAAACAGACAUGCCAAGCUAUGACGAGGAGGAGAACUGUGGAGUGAUCAGCACUGAUGCUCAGGGUCGCUGGCACAACCGAGACUGUUCAGUGGCUUUGCCUUAUAUCUGCAAGAAACGACCUAACGCCACUCUUGACCCCUUCACCACAGACUCCUGGGCGGAUGAUGGGCAGUACCAGUGUGAUGUGGGCUGGCAGAACUUCCAGGCGGGCUGCUAUAGGCUGAACUCAGAAAACCUGGAGUGGAACUCCGCCCACAAAAUGUGCCAAAAGAUGGAGGCUAAUCUUGUUAGCAUCCACACCCUCCCAGAGCUCGAAUUUAUUACUAAGAAUAUGAAGAGAGAUAUAGAAGAGUUGUGGAUUGGUUUGCAUGAUACAGCUAUGCAAAUGAACUUUGAAUGGACGGAUCGUACUCCAGUCAUCUUCACCUACUGGCACCCGUUUGAACCCAACAACUUCCGAAAUGUCAAUGAGGAUUGCGUCACCAUCUGGGGUCCUGAGGGACGCUGGAACGAUAGCCCAUGUAAUUACUCUUUGCCGUCCAUUUGUAAGAAAGCUGCUCAGAAAGCUGAAGGCCGUGUACAGGACCAUGGCUGCAAAAAGGGCUGGAGAUUGCACAGUCCUAACUGUUUCAAGGUUGGGGAAGAAUCAUUAACCUUCAAUGACGCCAAAGGAAUGUGCGCUAGCAACAAUGCCACACUUGUCAUUAUUAAUAACAGAUUUGAGCAGGCGUUUGUGAGCAGUCUGGUGUUUGGCCGUUCUGACGAUCAGUUCUGGCUCGGCCUGUAUAAUGAGAACAGCACCGGCCCGUUUCACUGGAUCACGGGAGAGGAACUUACAUACACUAACUGGAACAGAGAUGAGCCAGCGCAGGUAAAGGGAGGCUGUGUGGUGAUGGUGGCGGGUCAGGCUAUGGGCCUGUGGGAGGUGAAGGACUGUGCCAGCGUCCGCUCCAAAUACAUUUGCAAACAGAACCUGGACUCCUCUUUCAUCCCCAGCCCUCCUGUUCCUCAGCCUACACCCUCCCUGACGGGAGCUUGCCCUUCAGGAUGGAAGAGCACUAACACACUCCGCCACUGCUACAAGGUCUUUCAUGCAGGUGCUUUGGAGAAGAGGUUGACUUGGAUUCAAGCUCACAAGUUCUGCCAGAAACAUGGAGCUCAGCUCGCCAGCUUUAGCACGCCGGAGGAAGAGGCCUUUGUCUUCCAGAUUCUCCACGAGGCCUUUGGGGAGGCGGAGGAUCACGAGCAGCACUGGCUAUGGAUAGGAAUUUCCCGCCGGAAUAGUGACAGUUGGACAUGGAGUGAUGGAUCAGCCGUGACCUAUCAGAACUUUGGCAGAGGGAAUUAUGGCUCUGCUGAGUGUGGAGCAGCUAACAUGGCUGAUACCAACUGGCUGGUGUCACAUUGCGACUCUGAGCUUGACUGGAUCUGCAAAAUACCAAAAGGAAAGGUGGAAGAGGAACCUGAGAGCCACGAAGACACUGGUGUAGAGUGGGUUGACUUUGAGGAGGCUCAGUAUAAAAUGUUUGAGCACCGCUCCACAUGGGACCAGGCUCAGAGGAUCUGCUCCUGGUUCGACGCCUCCCUGGUCUCCAUGCACUCUCCUAAAGAGAAUCAGUUUUUGGUUGGCACUUUACGCAAGAUGUCCCGCAAAGAAAACGAUCUGUGGUGGGUGGGGCUACACACUUUUAAGAGUGAUGGGCGAUUUAGGUGGUCUGAUCACUCGGUGCUCAACUAUGUGUCCUGGGGACUCGGACAGCCUCGACCAAUCAGCAAAGAGCCCAAAUGUGUCCAAAUCUCAGCCUCCAAAGGUGAGUGGUCAGAUCAGAGGUGUCACGCUGAUCUUCCAUACGUGUGUAAAAGGGUAAAUGUGACCGGUACCAUCCCUCCUACACCUUCUCCUCCUCUCACACCCGCUGGCUGCCCCCAGGGCUGGAGCCCUUUCCUACACAAGUGUUACAAAGUGUUUGGAGAGGAGGUGUCGCGUCGUAGUACGUGGGAGGCAGCUUCUAAGAUCUGUCUGACACAAAGAGCCACAAUAGUGGCAGUGCCAAAUCACAUAGUGCAGGCAUUCCUUGUAACUCUGCUACCCAAUAGCAGUUUUCAUAUGUGGGUGGGGCUCACCUCAGAUUCACUAGCUCAGUUCAGGUGGUUUGAACCUGGGUUGCUGAGCUACACUAACUGGGCCCCUGGAGAACCAGUGGACAACAGACAUAAUAAAAGCCCGGGUAACUGCGUAGUGCUCCUCCAUGGUAGUCCUCACCGGCGGAUGGGCAUGUGGGCAUCUCGCAAAUGUGAUGCAGAGAAACAUGGCUUCAUCUGCAUGAAGGACAAAGACCCUGGCUUGCCCCCUGGUGGGGACCCACUUCCCCCAGCGUUAGAUGGCCCAUUAGAAUUUGCUGGCAUCCAGUACCGGAUUCUUCAGAAGCGUCUUGAUUGGCAUUCAGCUUUGCAAGUGUGUGAAUCUGUUAAUGGAACGCUAGCUGCAGUACAGGACCCUCGACAGCACGCCUACCUCACCCUCCUCCUCAACACACUCCGCAAACCCGCUUGGAUUGCACUACAUAAUGACGGGGGGCGGAGCUACACGUGGUUGGGCGAAGAGGAGAUCACUUUUAGUGACUGGCGGGAUGGAGAGCCCAAUCAUAUGUAUGGAUGUGGUCACAUGACCGUUGAGGGCCAGUGGUCUGUGGCAGCUUGUAAUACAAAAUUAAAUGCAGCCAUCUGUGAAGUUAAUACAGAGAGAACGAUAGACCACAGGUGGGUGUAUCCAGGUUUUUGCCCACAGGCUGUAGGUAAUUGGUCCUGGAUUCCUUUUAGAAAUCACUGCUACUCAUUUGUCCUGCACGAGCUGCAAUUUAAACACGAGGCCAUACGCACCUGUAGCAAAGUGGGAGCAAAGCUCUUGUCAAUACUAGAUGAAAACGAGAAUGGUUUUGUGUGGGAACACAUUCAGAGUUUUCAAGAACAGGCUCAUGGCGCUUGGCUCGGAAUGAUCUUUAACUCCAAAGAAGGCAAUCUGGAGUGGUCUGACAGUGAGGUGGUGGACUAUAGUAACUGGGAGCAGCAGGACGCGAACCUGAGCAUGCUCUCCGCCAACAGCUGCUUCUGGGUUCAGAGCAACACGGGCCUCUGGAGGCCUGGCUCCUGCAAAAAUCGGACUCAUGGUGUCAUCUGUAAGCGGCCACGAGGACCCUCAGCAGAUCCUGUAGUCCACUCUGAGGCCAACCAUAUCCAUGUAUUAAUUCAGGUCCUGGUUGCAGCGCUGCUUCUUAUUGCUCUGGUGGUGGGCGGGAUUUAUCUGUAUCGCAGGCGGAGCUUUGGCUCUACAGGUUCCUUUGAGAGUGCUCGGUAUAGCCGCACUAACUCAGCACCCUCAGAAGAAAUGGAAAAAAACAUUCUUGUUUCGGACAUGGAGUUAAACGAACAGGGAGAAUAAUGCCGGAUGUGUUCAAACUGAUUCGGAAUAUCUAAGAAAACAAAUCUGCUAAGACAGCAACUGACUGAGAGAAUUUACAUUUAAGGAAAAGAUUUUGUGUUUUUUAGAGACAUUGAGAGAGCCGUGUAGUGCGCAGCAGAGGACCAAUCAGAAUAAACAGAAGCAAACUCUUUUAUCUGAAAGUACAUCCAUUCAGUAUGGGCAGAUCACAUCCCAUCUAAGCCUUUGUCAACCAAUCAAAUGCCACCAUCUCAGAGGGGCUGUUUGGGUUGGGUAAUUAUGUGGUUAUGGAAAUGCAGUUUGUAAUCAUAUGUUUUCAAGUUCUUAAUGACAUACUAUAGUUAUGCUUUAGAGCCAAAAGGGAACCCCCCCCCCCCCAAAAAAAAAUCACAUUGACUUGAACUUCGAGAGAUCAGAGCACACAAUCACACACACAUACAAAUGCACACAUAUUUAGCUGUCUAAAUGGGGACAUGCAAUAUACAUCAAUUGUUUAUAGAUAAAUCUAAUUUUGAUCUAAUCUAACUAUAGACUAACCCUAACCCACACCCAAAUUUUUUAAACUGAAAAAGAGGUUUUUGCUUUAUGAAUCGAUUUUCCAAAUGAGGACGUCCCCAAAUGUCUCCAAAGGGAAGUUUUGCAGGACAAUUUUGUCCCCAAACUAGAGCUAAGUACAAACACACAAACACAUACACUGAUGAGCCAAAACAUUAUGACCACAUAAUAUGCUUUUGGUCCUCCACGUGCCACCUAAACAGCAACAACCCGCCGAGGCAUGGACUCUACCACACCCCUGAAGGUGUCCUGUGGUAUCUGGCACCAAGACAUUAGCAGCAGAUCCUUCAAGUUCUAUAAGUUUUGAGGUGGAGCCGCUGUGGAUCGGACUUGUUGAUCCAGAACAUCCUACAGAUGCUCAAUUGGAUUGCGAUCUGGGGAAUUUGGAGGCCGCAGCAACACCUUGAACCCUUCAUCAUGUUCCUCAAACCAUUCCCGAACAAUGUGUGUAGUGUGGCAGGGCACAUUAUCCUGCUGAAAGAAGCCACUGUCAUCAGGGAAUACCAUUGCCAUAAAGGGGAGUAGCUGGUCUGCAACGAUGUUUAGGUAGGUGGCACAUGUCAAAUUGACGUCCACAUGAAUGGCCAGACCCAGGGAUUACCAGCAGAAUAUUGGCCAGAGCAUCACAUUCCCUCCACCUGCUUGUCGUCUUCCCACAGUGCAUCAUGGUGCCAUCACUUCCUCAGGUAAACGGCGCACAUGUACAUGGCCAUCCAUGUGAUGUAAAAGAAAAUGGGACUCAUCGGACCAGGCGACCUUCUUCCACUGUUUCAAGGUCCAGAUCCGACGUGCACGUGCCCAUUGUAGGCGCUUUCGACGGUGGACAGGGGUCAUCAUGGGCACUCUGACCGGUCUGCGGCUGCACAGCCCCAUACGCAGCAGGGUGCAAUGCACUGUGUGUUGUGCUACAUUCCUCCAGUAAUCAUCAUUAAAAUUUUCUGUGACUUGUGCCACAGUAGACCUUCUGUCGGUUCAGACCAGACAGCAUAGCCUUCAUUGCCUUCGUGCAUCGAUGAGCCUUGGGCGCCCAACACCCUGUCACCGGUUUGUCAUUCCUCGGACCACUGUAAGUAGGUACUCACCACUGCUGACCUGGAGCACCCCACAAGCCUUGCCAUUUCAAAGAUGCUCUGACCCAGUCGUCUGGCCAUAUCAAUUUGGCCCUUAUCAAAGUCGCUGAGGUCUUUACUCCUGCCCAUUUCUCCUGCAUUCAACACGUUGACUACGAGAACUGAUUGUUCACUUAGGAUCUAAUCUACCCAGACCUUGACAAGUGGCCUUGUUAGGAGAUGAUCAACGUUAUUCACUUCACCUGUGAGUGGUCAUAAUGUUUUGGCUCAUGAGUGUACACACUCCAUAAGCACAUACUUUCAACCAAAAGGUAAUGCCACAACAGUAUUUUUGUUUCAGACUGUGACUUUUUACGUUAUUUUUUGUGACGCAUUUUCUUUGCUUUUUAAAAUUUGUGCAGCUAAUGUGCAACAUUCUCUGGGUCAGAAUCCAGGUCCCUCACAAAGCUGUCUGAAAAUGAUAAUGACAGUAAUUACAGAUCAAAUGAAACUACGGCCUGUUUGAAGUUUAGUGGUGCAGAACGGAGGAAAAAAAAGAAAAAAAAAAAGCUUAGGACAGAAAUAGAUAGAUGAAAGUGCAUAAGAGUGAGCCUGUUAAAAGCACCACAGUAUCUCUCUCUAAUCACAUGGUGAACGCAGGGCUACCCAGUGGGAAGGCUGACCUCACUGUAACUGUUUGGUUGAUCGCAGCCAUAAUGAUGAGCUCAAAUAUAAUCUGCACCAAGUAAUUCAUCCGUGUGUCUUUCCAUUUUCUCCUCUAUAUUGUUCUACCAUAUCUUUCUCUUAUUCUUUUCAGUUCUUAACUUUCACUUUUUUUCUUGCCCUUCUUUUUUUCCUUUCAACUCUUGGAAAGGCCUUGGGUUGAAACGGUGCCGUGGCCAGCUGUGGAAUGUCGAGUCAGCGAGUGGAAGGUCUGGAACCAAUCAGAACUCAGGAGCAAAGAGGGCAAGGCAAGAGAGAGAGACAGAGAAAAAAGAUGUGUGAGAGAGAAAGAAUGGUAAAGGGAUUGCAUGGAGGUUUGAAAAGAGGGGAGAAGAUGGAGAGAAGGACAGUAAGAGGUGGGGCUUGGAAGAAAAAGUGAUUUUAGCUGAGCAGGAGUUACGGGAAGUGCUGGUGACUGAAAGGGGAAUUACUUUACUGCUCCUUGCUGGAUAUUUGCACAAAUAACAUUUCUAAGAGAAUUUUCUACUUGAAAUCAAGUCCAAAAAUUCCAAAUGUGUCCAGAAUGAUCAUAUAUUGGUCACAAUGGUCUAAAAGGCAAGGACCCUCCUGGGGUCCUUUUAGGAACAAUAUACACUCUCUGCAUUUGGAAGGCCAUUAGACUUAAAUUACAAUAUACAUUUACAUUUUCUGAAGAAAAUUUCAAUGUAAACCUAUUGUGCUUGUUUCAUCAUUGUAAGUCAAAUCACUUAGAAAAGUACUAGCACAAAUCUCUGCAACAAGCCACAUUUGAUUAUGAGCAAUAAAAAUAGUUAUGCUUGCAUCAGAAAACUUCACAAAUAAUGAUGCUUGCCUCAGCAAGCACCGCUUAUAUGAAUCAGUAACCAGAGCUUCCAUAUAUCAAUGCUGACUUUACUCAUAUCCGCUGCAAGAUUUUGUUAAUUUGAGGGCAGAUGUGGCACCAAUUCUGCACUUAUAGGCUGUUCUUUACACUUUAAAAUUUUUGCUCACUUUUGAAACAUCAUUUUGCUUAGCACUGCAGUUAUAAAUAUAAAAAUAGAUUUGUAUGAAAAUUACCUUUAAUAUCAAUGUAAGACAGUGUAGACAUGACAGUGCUGUUAAUCUGAGCUAGCAUACUUAAUUCACAUGUGCCAAAGGUAUGUCACACAUGACCUGAAAUUGCAGUACAUCACACUGAGCUCAGACAGCUGUUUCAUCACACUAGACUAUUAUAUGACUAAAUGACCAGACAAGGAAUUUGAUGUCAUUCACUGCAAUCAUGGUAUUGCAAACAGUCGUGUUAUGCAGAAAUCAUUCAAACGUUUUUUUGUUUGUUUGUUUCAUUGGUUCAGAUUGAAUUAGCCCUGAACACUAAAUAAACAGGUUAUGGGAAACACUUUUUGUUUGACUGAAAGAAAGAAAAUGAAUCAUAUUCAGUCCCUGUGAAGACAAUGAAAAAUUUUCAUUUUUAUAUUUGUUUUAAAUAUUUUGUUUUAUGAAUUUGUUUAAAAAAUGAAUAAAGAAUAUGUUUGCUAUGUGA